CAUUUCUUUUUUCCACCAAAAAAUGUUCAAAUAUUCCCAAAAAUGUUGAAAAUGUGGACAUCAGAAGUUUCACUGUGAAAAUAUAUAGUUUUUCACAUUUUCAAACAUUAAAACGUGCCGAUUUUGACCCGCAGGACGGUUAAAGCAUAGAUAUAUAACUAUGGGUUAAAGCUGGACUUGCAGCUACUCGGACGUUUUACUGCAACGAACAGGACGAGAGCCGGAAGUGAGUGCGUCGUUGUUUAUCCUCCCCUGCUCCUCCACCAUGAAGGAGGCCACCAUGGCUCUCUCCGUCAGUAUGGGGGCUCUGCUGCUGCAGGCGGACCUCCUGGAGGACCCUGCUUACCGGGACGACGGCCUGUGUGUGGUCGGUAUCUUCGGUAAGAGCAACAUGCAGCCCGGGCCGCUGAAGGACUCUCUGGUCAACACUCUGGCCGACAAAAACAUCUUCUCUCUGCUCGGCGGGCCGGAGGACGGCGGCUCGGCGGACAGCAACAUCCAGGCUUUCUACAACCAGGAGAACCGGGUCCUCUACCUGUUGCUGUCCUCCGUGUGUGACAGCCGGCAGCUGCUGCGGGCCUGCCAGUCCCCUGCGCCCGCCACCACCCACUCGGACGCCCACGACUUCUGGAAGGGCCUGGACCGGCAGCACUGCCUCCACCUGCUCUACAUGUUCUCCGUGUGCCACGUCCUGCUGCUCGUACACCCAACCCACACCUUUGACGUGACCUACGACCGGCUCUUCAGGGCCCUGGACGCCCUGCGGCAGAAGGUCCUGCCUCUGAUCCGGGCUGCCAUCAAGGACUGCCCGGUGUCCAAAGAGUGGAAGCUGAACUGCAGACCCUGUCCUCCACGGCUGCUGUUCGUCUUCCAGAUGAACGGAACCCUGAAGCUCCCUGGGAGCAGCUCAGAGUCUGGAGGACCCAGACAAACCUAAAAACACUCUCCCAGGAGGCGGCUGCAGCACGCCCUGGAACAGAUUUAUCGGAUCUUCCGUAAAAGCAGAGUUCUGACCAACCAGAGCAGCAACUGUUUGUUCACCGUUCCCGCCAACCAGGCGUUCGUGUACGUGAUCCCGUCCACAGACGAGGACCCGGUGGGCGCUUUGCUCGGCCAGCUGAGGUCAAACUGCAUCUGGGACCAGGACUCCACGCCGACGGUUUCAGGGCCGAGGCGUUAUCAGCAGAUGCGACGUUCGGCUCGGCAGCCCGGCAGCAGCGGGGAGCUGAGCGGCAUGUUGAUGGGCGGUCAGCUGGUGGACUGCAGCUUGAAGGAGUUCCUCUGGCAGCACGUUGAGCUGGUUCUGACCAAGAAAGGCUUCGAUGACAGCGUCGGCCGCAACCCGCAGCCUUCACACUUUGAGCUGCCGACCUACACCAAGUGGGUCCAGGUGGCUUCCAGACUCCAUCAGGUCCUCAUCAGCAACUCAGACGACGACAUGGCCGAGCUGGCCGCCAAAGUGCAGAGCCAGGUGAAGGUUCUGGAGGGUUUUCUUGACGCCGACACAAAGUUCUCCGAGAACCGAUGUCAGAAAGCGCUCUCUGCUCACAGCGCCUACCAGUCCAACCUCCCCAUAACAACCACCACGGUGCACAAAAACCAGCUGGCUCAGGGUCUGCGGGUUUACAGCCAGCACGCCCGAGGAGUGGCCUUCCAGCGCUACGCCCUGCAGCUCCACGAGGACUGCUACAAGUUCUGGAGCAACGGACACCAGCUGUGUGAGGAGCGAAGCCUGACAGACCAACACUGUGUCCACAAGUUCCACCUGCUGCCUCAGCCAGGAGAGAAGCCGGACAUGGAUCGUAACCCGCCCAUCCUGAACCACAAAAGGGGGCGCUCCACCAGCUCCUGCAACUGUGGCAGGAAACAGGCUCCUCGCGAGGAUCCGUUCGACGUCCAGGCAGCUAAUUAUGACUUUUACCAGAUGCUGGAGGAGAAAUGCUGCGGGAAGCUGGAGAAGAUUGAGUUUCCGGUGUUCCAGCCCAGCACUCCUGACCCGGCGCCGGCCUCCAACCAGGCCCAGCGGCUCCCCGGUGAGUCCUCGGCCGGAGAGCCCGUGAGGCUGAAGGAGGGCAGCACCGCCCAGAGCCACACUCCUGGAGACACCAGCCUGAGCCUGGCCCUCAGCCUGGGCCAGUCCACCGACAGCCUGGGGCCCUACGGGGAGGGAGACGGCCCCGACGCACAGGUCCAGCAGAAGAGGCCGAGUCUGAUCGACCGGCAGCCCUCCACCGUGGAGUACCUCCCCGGUAUGAUGCACUCCGGCUGCUCCAAAGGUCUCCUCCCCAAGUUCUCCAGCUGGUCUCUGGUCAAACUGGGCCCGGCAAAGUCCUACAACUGCCACACCGGCCUGGAGCAGCCGGGCUUCCUCCAAGGAUCCUCCUUCCUGCUGCCGUGGGACUUGGUGAUCCGCUCCCGGUCGGAGGAGGACACGGGGCUGACGGAGCCUCUGGACGGAAGCACCUCCUCCUGGCCGGCGCCCAACAAGGCCCUGGUUGGGAAGCGAGGGAGCACCGGGGACGGCAGGAGCCGGAGGAGGGACGACAUGGCUCGCGUGUUCGUGGGCUUCGAGUAUGAAGACGGCCGGGGCAGGCGCUUCAUCAGCUGCGGUCCGGAUAAAAUAGUGAAGGUUCUGGGACCCGGAGGCGCCAAAGAUCCGGCCACCAGGGUGCUGAACGCCGACAUGCCGCUCUACAUCCCGUCCCCCUCUCAGGGCCGAGGCCUGAAGCCCCACUUCGCCCAGCUGGCUCGCCUUUUUAUCGUAGUGCCUGACACCCCACUGGAGGUGACGCUCAACCUCAGAAUCUGUGUUUUCUUCCUCCAGGUGCAGCCCGGUCCUCCUCCCUGCCCCGUCUUCCACCCAGAGCAGACUGAAAUCGUUUUGCCUCCUGAUGGCCUUUUUCUGAGGUUUCCUUACUCGUACGCGACGGAGCGCGGCCCCUUACCCCCCAAAGAGAACCAGCCGCUCAGCAACUACAAGGUGCUGCGAGGCAUCCUGAAGGCCGCCACCGCUAACCCCCCGCCACAGUGAGCUCAGCCCGCCUUAUUUAUUCCCACCUACGCGUGACAGGAUUCAGUUUGUGGCGAUGGUUGGAUUCCAUUAAAGGAGCCGCGGCUGCUCCUCAGUCCUGCUGAUUCCGGCGACCUUUAGAGCAAAUUAAAGCUCCGCAGAGGACGGAGCCAUCCUGAAGUGCCAUUAAACUUUAACUUUGUAGCUCAGAGGACAGUAAAAGCAUCGGAGAGACGUUUGUUCUGACACUUUGAGGCGACGUGGACACCGUGGCUUCAGAAGAGCCGGUCAGAUGGUCCAACAGCUGACAGACCAAUUCCAACUGAGGUGAGAUUCAAGCAGAACGUAGAGUUUUGACUACUUCUGUCGUGUCUCUAAAGCACUCCGACACAUUGAAUGAAUCCAGGAGAGACUGAAAACGCUUCCUCAUAUUUGAACAAAUAUCAUUCCUCUGUGUGGAAGUUCAUUCAUUCGGCUGCUUUUUCUGGUUCCUCACAUUUAACUUGAGCGUUUCAUGCAUCCUCUGUCUUCUUUCAGACCCCAACAGGCUGCAGUUUAACACUCGUGGAUGACUCCUGCUUGUAGUUUUGCAGGUUUUUCCCCCAAAUAAUCACCUUUGUCUGCAUUUAUUUGGCGGACAGAGCGAAUCCAGUCACCUGCAGGGAGUCAGGGAGAUAAAAAGAUGUUCAGUUUUACACAUUUAGUGUCUGGAUUUUCACCGCCUUGAUUCGAGGAUUCAAACAUCUGGAAACUGUCGAUCUAAAUCUGCUCCUUUGUCUUUAUCCCAUCACAUCUUUUUCCACCAGAGGCUUUCUUCUGCUGCUCUUUGUACUUUUUCACCUCCUGUCAGUAAAAAGAUUGUCUGAA